AUGAUGAAGAGUACUAAAAUUGGGAUGAAAGAUGAGCUUGUAAUAAAUAGUGUUAAAGCUGAACCUUCUUCAGUACUGCUGGGGCCAUCAUCUAAGAUAACUGCUCUUGUUGUGGAUGAUGACACUCUAAAUCAAAUGAUUCACCGCAGACUCUUGGACGGUCUAGGCGUACAAAAUCAGGUGGUUGGGAAUGGCAAAGAAGCCGUUGAUGUCCACUCUUCAGGAAAAAGCUUUGACCUGAUUUUGAUGGACAAGGAUAUGCCUGUCAUGAAUGGGAUUGAGGCUACGAGAAAACUCCGCACUAUGGGGAUUCGUAGUUUGAUUGCGGGUGUAUCGGCAUGCUCAGAAGAGCAAGAAAAACAAGAGUUCAUAGAAGCAGGCCUGGAUGACUAUCAAGAGAAGCCUUUGUCUGCCACUAAGCUCGCUUCAAUCCUCCAUAAGCUCAAAAAGGAUGGUUGAACUACAAAGGAGACAAUUUGCAUUUUCUUGUAAUUCUAAUUAGUAUGGUCUCUUUCCUAGCUAGCAUUUUCUUGUAAGUUUGUGC